GUCCGGUCUCAAAGUCAACGAAACUUCAGAUAGAUAGAUAGGCCCAACAUCCCUCGGAUUCGGACCCAAACCCACACAUUUCACUUCUCUCCUUCGCAGCCCCACCGCGAGCCCCGCCGGGAAGGAGGAAAGGACAGGAGGAGCGAGCGCAGGUCGUCGACAUGGCCACGGACGCCGCCGCUGCCGCCGCCGCCGCCGCCGCCGCCGCCAGCUCCGACGACUUCGCCAUCGGAUGCUUCCUCUCCAUCCGGACCACCUUCGGCGACGAGUUCGAAGCCCAGGUCGUCGCCUUCGACGCCACCUCCAACAUCCUCGUCCUCCAAGAGGGUUCGAAGUCCGGGUCUCGGCGGAACUUGCGGCUGCUCAAGGCGGAUUACAUCAAGCAUUUCACCUUCCUGCGUCACGGUCAAGACCCGCUCGAUCCCAGCAAGUGUUACAUUGAUCUCGGCACCUUGCGAGCUCGAGAACAAUCGGCAUUGAGGCUAGCCGAAGCGGAGGCUGAGAGGAUAGGAGUGGGUGUGACCAGCGAGGCUCAAAGCAUCUUCGAUGCAUUGUCUAAAACGCUUCCAGUUCGCUGGGAUAAGAGUAUCAUAGUUGUGAUGGAUGAAGUGCGUGUCAGCAGUCCAUAUGUUCCUGAAUCUGUUAGUGGAGGUGCCGCUGCUGCCAAUGAACGGGUUAAGAAAGUGUUGGAAUUCGAGAGGAAGAGAUUGCAAGCGCGUCCAACACAGUGAGCAUCUCUGCACACUCGAAUUUGUGGGUUUCUACCAACUCUAGGUGGAUUUGCCAUCCACUGGCAAGGAAAAUGUGAGGGCUGCAAAAAGGAGCAGUGUCUUCUAUCACCUAUUAAUGUCGGGUUUAGUUGAUCUGCAGCAAAUAAUCUCUGGUUCAUUGUGAGAUGGGUGUGCAGAUGAAGAAGACUCGAGACAGUUCCUUUGAGCUUUGCUGAUGAUAAGACAUCUGUCUGAUGUAUGCCUCUUGUAUUUUGACUUGGAGAGUUUGUGUAACGGUAUCUGCUACCAUGUUGUGUGACUCAUGGUGGUGAAGAUGUGCUGAAGAAAUUGACGACACGAUGGAAACUUACACAGGUGAGCCUCGGUUGUUCUGUUGCCUUCUUUUUUGUGGAGAAUGAGAUCAACCGUGGUGCGGAUACAACAUCGUAGCUUUAUAUUUUACCUGCGUAUCUGGUAAAAAACGGGUUGUGUGUUGUUUGUAGAAGAUUUACUCUGUUAUUCUGCAGUAUACUGCACCCUAAUCUUCGUGCCUAA